AUGUCCUCUUCUCAGCACAACCACGUCAAACGAAUGUUAAAUUCCGAUCGGUUUAAGUCACCUUCCAAAACAAUCUACUCCGACCGCUUCAUACCCAGCAGAUCCGCUUCCAAAUUUGCUCUCUUUAACCUAUCGUCGUCCAAGGAAGAUGGUUGCAGUUGCAGUCCCUACGGCAACGCGCUGCGGAGGGCAUUAUUCGGACCUGCCACACCCGACAAAUUCGAAAGCCCUAAUAUAUUUCAUUUCAAAUCGGAGACUCGACAGUCCAUGCACUCUCUUUCUCACACUCCUUUUACUUCCCACGAUGAUCAUCUCCAUGGCUAUGAUUACAAUCAUAAACCUUUCAAGCGCGCUCGCAAGAUUCCUCCCUCCUCAUUUAAGGUUCUGGAUGCACCGGCUCUGCAGGACGAUUUUUAUCUGAAUCUCGUGGAUUGGUCCUCUAGCAAUGUCUUGGCUGUGGCUCUGGAAAACUCUGUUUAUUUGUGGAAUGCUUCUAGCAGCAAGGUAACUAAGCUAUGCGAUUUGGGGGUUGGCGACUCUGUUUGUUCAGUUGGUUGGGCUCCGCUUGGUACUUACCUGGCUGUUGGAUCAAACAGUGGAAAAGUCCAGAUUUGGGAUGUAUCUCAAGGCAAGUCAAUAAGAACUAUGGAGGGUCAUCGAUUACGUGUUGGGACCUUGGCCUGGAGUUCAUCCCUUUUGUCUUCUGGAAGCCGAGAUAAAAACAUUUACCAACGAGAUAUUCGUGUACAGGAGGAUUUUGUCAGUAAACUGUCUGGGCACAAGUCAGAGGUUUGUGGACUGAAGUGGUCUUAUGAUAACCGCGAGUUAGCAUCGGGUGGAAAUGACAAUAAGUUACUAGUUUGGAAUCAAAAUUCAACCCAGCCUAUCUUGAAGUUCUGUGACCAUACAGCAGCGGUUAAAGCUAUUACGUGGUCUCCUCAUACAAAUGGACUGCUAGCAUCUGGAGGAGGUACUGCUGACCGAAGCAUUCGAUUCUGGAGUACAACCACAAACUCCCAGUUAAACUGCAUUGACACUGGAAGUCAGGUUUGUAAUCUUGUCUGGUCUAAAAAUGUGAAUGAAUUGGUAAGCACACACGGCUACUCCCAGAACCAGAUAAUGGUUUGGAAAUAUCCCACCAUGUCAAAGCUAGCAACUCUUACAGGCCAUACUUACAGAGUUCUUUAUCUUGCUAUUUCUCCAGAUGGGCAGACUAUUGUCACUGGAGCUGGGGAUGAAACUCUUAGAUUUUGGAACGUAUUCCCUUCGCAGAAAUCACAGAAUACGGAGAGUGAAAUUGGAGCAUCCUCUUUUGGAAGAACUAUCAUCAGGUGA